AAGGUAACUAAAGUUGUAAAAAUAUUACGUCACGUCAUUCUGAUAGAUUUAAUUUCUGGUUCAUGUUCACCAGAUAUUCGUUUUUUGUUAAAAACACAAAUUCGUAUACCAAUCGAUCAAAAACUGAUAGAUUUGAUUGAAAAUUUACAAAAUUCUGUAAAUAGAGAUGAAAGCGACAUGUCUUUUCGUGUAAAAGAUUUUGCAGAUACUUUAAAUGUUACUAGGGUUGAACAGACUAUUAACAAGAGACGAUUCUAUAACAAAGAUUAUAGAAUUAGUAUUGUACCUACGAAACAAGAUUCCGAUGGUACAAGAGUAACCUAUGGUAAUAAUGUUAUUAUUAAACAUUUAGAUUGGAUUGCGAUGAAUAAAUAUUUAACGCAAUCUUACAAAAGAUCAUUAAAAAAUUCUACUAUGGAAUUCCCUACAUCGCAACAUUUAUCCUCGCCUCCUCUUUCUACUUUAUCACGCUCUUCCUCUUCGAUACAUUCAUCUUCGCCUCCAACACCAUACGAACAACGAGUAUCGGACGAAUUAAAUACACAUAAUGCAGCCAAUAAAAUUACAGAAGAGUUUGACCUGAUAAGUUUUGAUGAUGAACCACUACCAACAUUAUUGAGCAUAAAUAUCACAAAUAAGACUGUCCAUUUAUUAGAUGAUAAUUCAAAUGGAAUUAAUCAGAUUAAACACAUUCUUGAUGAUGACAGUCAAAUGAAAAUUGAACGACAUAUUCUUGAUAAUGAUAAUGAAUUAAAGAAUCAAAGUCAUAUUUUGGAUGAUGAUUAUAACUUGUUUGGCAUGGAAAAUUCGCAAACAAAUCAAGAUGAUUAUAAUGAGUAUGAUGAAAAUUUUAAAAAUGGAGAGAUGCAAAUAACGGGAACUGAGGAAGAAAAAUUUGUCAGAGAAAAAAAUUGGAAAGAUAUACUAGAAUUUACUAUACCUAACUCUCUAGAGUACGCUAGAGAAUUUUGUAAAACUAUCAGCUGAAAACUAAGAAAUCUGCAAAAUUUGCAAGUAUCGUUUUUUAGUUUAUAAGGGAUACUUAUUUAAUUAUUAUAACCACUUGGAAUAAAUAUCCAAGGGAUUUAUUUUGGAUCUGUCAUUAGUUCAAAUAUAUACGUACGAAUUAACUACGUAUUGGCUUUUUUGAUGAACCCAACUAUUUAUGUAUAAAUGAUCCAAAUUUAUAAUUUAUUGUGAAGUGCAGAAUAUUAUGUAAUUUGAAUUCCAGUAAUGUAUAUUAGGAUUGUAAUUUUUUCAUCGUUAUUUUUUUUUUUAUCUUCCAUUAUUUUAAUUUUACAUGAUAAAAUUUCCAAAAAAAAAAUUU